AUGCGCGUGACUAUCAGCACCUUCUGGAUCAUUUGCAGCUCCUUGCUACAUCUCAGUAACGGAGCUGCCGUCCGAAGGGCUCAAGGCACAUGGGACGAGCUCACGUCGACGCCAAUCCUACCACGCCAGGAAAACACCGCAGUUGGGAUUAAUUCAACCUCACUCGCCGUUCUGGGUGGCAUCGUAACCAAUGGCACACAAGUGCGCAGCUCGGCUCUGGCCUCUAUCUACCAUGUGCCAACCAACCAGUGGCAGCAGAUUGCGGAUUUGCCCAUCCCACUGAACCACCCGAAUGCGGCCGUCAUUAAUGGCAAGAUUUACCUGCUAGGCGGCCUGGCCGAUAUCGAUGGAAUCUGGAAAGGCGUACCCAACGCUUGGGUUUGGGAUCCAGAGACGGAUACCUGGAACGACCUUGAGCCGUUCCCAACCGACACUGAGCGUGGUAGUGCGGCGGUUGCCGUAGUGGGCGACACGGUCUACCUCGCUGGUGGACAACGUUCCCUCGCGCUGGUUCCUGGCGGACUGCACGAUACGGUGGACACGGUGUCAGCAUUUGACACCCUGUCGGGAAAAUGGAAACUACUCCCAAACUUGGCGCUACCUGAGCCACGAGACCAUGCCGGUGCCGCCGUGGUGGGGACGAAGUUAUUUGUCACAGGAGGUCGGCACCUACGUGAGGGCCUGAUCGUGAGCGGCAAGGUCUACUCAGUUGAUUUUGCUGCCGAGGAACCUCGAUGGACGCUAGAGGAUGAGCAAAUGCCCACCGCGAGGGGUGGACACAUGGCUGCUGCGAUUGGAGACCAAGUGUACACAUUUGGCGGCGAGGGCUCGGGCAAAUCGGACUCAGGCGUCUUUGACGAAGUUGAGGUUCUUGAUACCACCACGGGCAUUUGGAGUCGGAGGGAGCCAAUGAGGCUGCCCCGGCACGGGACAUAUGCUGUUGCCAUCGGCGGGGCCAUUUACAUACCUGGCGGUGGCUUGCAGCAGGGCGCUGGGGCGGCGACGGAUGGUUUUGAUGUUUUUAGACCUUGA